AUGGUUUCUGAGUUUCUGGCUGGAGCUCAGGAGGAUAUGGAAGACAAAGUCAACAGAAGAGCAAGAUUCCUGAUGGAGCUAGUGGAUUGGGACAAUUUUAUAAGGGAUCUUCUUAAUAUAGUAAGACUUGGUUAUCAUGACACUAUUGAAAUAGAGAUCUGGAAGCAACAACACAAGAAUGGGGAAAGUGAGCUCCAGCAGGAGGCAGGCAGAGAACCCUGGAAUCAUUCCUCCACCAAUGGCUUCAUCCCCACUAGUCUUUUCAAACACAGCCAGAUGCACCUGUUCCUCUUUAGCAUGGUGGUUUUGGUCUACAUACUUGCCAUGGCCGGCAACACCGCCAUUAUCCUCCUGAUUUGGACUGAUGCCCGGCUUCACACACCUAUGUACUUCCUUCUCAGCCAGCUGUUCUUUCUGAACAUCUUCUUUACUUCAGUCGCUGUUCCCAAGAUGAUAGUGGGGUUCCUCUUUGGCUGGACGAGCAUCUCCUUUGGGGGAUGUGGGGUACAGAUGUUUUUCUUCACAUUCCUAGGAGCUGCUGAAUGCCUCCUACUGGCCCUAAUGGCCUAUGAUCGCUACAUCACCAUCUGCAACCUGCUUUGAUACCCAGUGCUCAUGAGUCACAGGGUCUGCCUACUUAUGGUCAUAGGCUCCUGGCUUGGAGGGUCCUUUAAUGCCUCCAUUCAGACAUCAUUGACCCUUCAGUUCCCCUACUGUGGUUCACGAAAGAUCUCCCAUUUCUUCUGCGAAGUGCCCUCCCUUCUAGUGCUAGCCUGUGCAGACACGAAUACCUAUGAGCAGGUGCUCUUUGUGACAGGCAUGGUAGUCCUCCUGGUGCCCAUUACCUUCAUCACAACUUCCUAUGCCCUCAUCCUGGUGGCUGUGAUCCGGAUGCAUUCUGUGGAGGGGCGUCGGAAGGCCCUGGCCACAUGUUCCUCCCACCUGACCAUGGCCAACCUCUUCUAUGGAACCCUAGUCUAUACUUAUAUGCUACCUGCAUCAUAUCACUCUCCUGGCCAGGAUGAUGUAGUGUCUGUCUUCUAUACAGUGCUCAUACCUAUGCUUAACCCUGUCAUCUACAGCCUCAGAAACAAGGAAGUAACAGGGGCCAUGAAGAAGGCAAUAGGAAAGUGUGGCAUUAGUAGGAAGGCCUAA